UAAAUAAAGAAGAGGACGUAAAUUAGCCGAAAACGCCACCAUCCAACAUCCCGGUUUGAAGCGCAUAUCUCCGGGGCUAGCAGGAGGCCGCAACUGGAGUGGAGGAGGGGGCUGCACUGGAUGGUGGGGGGAUAAUGAUGAUGAUGCCAGUAAAAGUCUAAUUCUCCCCUGAACACCCUGCUGAUACACAGGACUACUGGGGCUGCUGCUACUGCUGCUGCUGGUGGAGAGGAUUAUCCAGGAGGAAGGAAGACAGGGAGGAGGGGGAGGCAGCAUCAUCCGGAGAGGACGGUUUUGUCAGGAAGGCUGGCCGUACGGGAUCCUGGCGUUGAAGAGGAGAAAGUCAGUACAUGAUUGUUCCAGAAACGCGUGCAGAUCCAGCAGGACUGAGAGGGAAUCAGCCACUACCAGGUGUUAUGCAAUCACAUCAAUCGUGGCUCCUUAGAAAGUAUCCCUCCAUCCCUUGUCGACUGUCGUGUUUGUGUGGUGAUUUCGAGGGUAGCUGGGAUUACUGAGACUGGUUCGCUCAUUUCCGCGUGGGGGGGUAGGACCAUAUUGGCGGCUGUAUAGUCGAGGUUGGACUCAGCGGAUAGAGGAAGAUGUCGGGGCAGACGCUGACGGACCGCAUUGCCGCGGCUCAGUACAGCCUGACGGGAUCCGAGGUGUGCAGAGCUGUGUGUAAAGCCACCACACAUGAACAGACAGCCCCAAAGAAAAAGCACCUGGAAUACCUGAUCCAGGCCACCCAGGAAACCAGUGACAACGUCCCCCAGAUGGCUGACACACUGAUGGAGAGAGCCGGCAAUGCUAGCUGGGUGGUGGUUUUUAAGGCUCUGAUCACCACGCACCACCUAAUGGUGCAUGGCAAUGAGCGAUUCCUACAGUUCCUGGCAUCUAGAAACACCUUGUUCAAUCUCAGCAACUUUCUGGACAAAACUGGCUCCCAUGGCUAUGACAUGUCCACAUUUAUCAGACGCUACAGCCGCUAUCUCAAUGAGAAAGCCUUUGCUUACAGACAGAUGUCUUUCGACUUUGUCCGAGUCAAGAAAGGAGCUGAGGGAGUGAUGAGGACCAUGCCAGUAGAGAAGCUGUUGAAAGGAAUGAACACCCUGCAGGGCCAGAUUGAUGCUCUGCUGGAUUUUGAUGUGCAUCCACAAGAGCUGAACAAUGGAGUGAUAAAUGCCUGCUUUCUCGUCCUCUUCAAAGAUCUAAUCAAGUUAUAUGCCUGCUACAAUGACGGCAUUAUCAACCUUCUAGAAAAAUUUUUCCAAAUGAAAAGAAGCCAGUGCAAAGACGGGCUCGAGAUCUACAAAAGAUUCCUAACACGGAUGACUCGGGUUUCCGAAUUCUUUAAAAUUGCUGAGCAAGUGGGAAUAGACAAAAACGACAUACCUGAACUUACUCAGGCCCCAGAAAGUCUUCUGGAGUCCCUGGAGACUCACCUCAACACUCUGGAGGGGAAGAAGCCGUAA